CUUUAAUAUUCUUGACAACCCGAAUGGACUGCGAUCUUUCCAGGUACUGUAAUGAUUUUUAGGCCAUAUUGAUUCUAUUUAGCAUGCGAUAUUGUGAUACGAACAACAUAUUCAUAUGUCGUAAUGCAGAUUCAUAUCUACAUUGAUACUCCUGAACAGUUAACCGUCUCCACAACCCAAAAUAUAGAUACAGAUACAAAUAGUUCAGAAGGUUCCUUCGACGUCAAAUAUAUUCCACCGAUAAUUUUGACUUGUGUGUUACCCGAAUCAUACCCAACACAUCUCCCUCCAUAUUUCAUUAUUUCUGUACAAUGGUUAAAUGCGUCGAGAAUUUCUAGCUUGUGUUCAAUGUUGGAUUCUAUAUGGGAAGAGCAAUACGGUAAAGAAGUUAUUUACUCGUGGGCUGAAUGGUUGCAUACUUCUGCUAUUUCUUUUCUUGGAUUUGAUAAAGAAAUAGUUCUUGGCCCGUACGGUGUGACACGCCAAGGGGACCAGCGUGCACUUUCCGGAUGCGUCUCGGCUGAUGUUGAUGUUCCUUCGUUGAAGAUUUAUGACGAAGAAAAACGGCUUGAAAAUUUUGUUAACACCUUGCAAGAAUGUUGCAUCUGCUUUGGUGAAUUUGCAGGUAAUUUCAUAUUAAACUACAUCAUGCUUAACACAGCUUAA